AAAAAUCUAAAAAAAAAAUCUAAAAAAAAAACAAACGGAGAUGGAGAAGAAUUACUUUGGAUGGGUGCACUAGACCUGAUUAGGUCAUAGGCUGGGGGUCGGGGGGAAACGUGAAACGGUCACAGGUUGCCUGCACGCUGGGCUCGUUUGCUCUCCUGCACUCUCAGCAACGCAACCGCCAUUUCAAAGACCGCCGAAGUUCAUCUGUCUCGACUUCUUCCAAAGCUACUUUACAUCCUUUCAAUCUCGCCGCUCUUCUCGUUGGACCAGCUGUUAUCUUCGCUUCAACCCCCUAUUAGAUUCUCCCUUCCAGUCUACUGCUUCGAUAGCAGACAUCCCACCUCCUUUCAAUAUGAAUCCUGAAUACGAUUACCUCUUCAAGCUUCUCCUUAUCGGAGACUCCGGUGUUGGAAAGUCUUGCUUGCUUCUUCGAUUUGCGGACGACACCUACACGGAAAGCUACAUCUCCACCAUUGGCGUUGAUUUUAAAAUCCGCACCAUCGAGCUCGAUGGCAAGACAGUGAAGCUCCAGAUUUGGGACACUGCCGGUCAAGAGCGCUUCCGAACCAUCACAUCGUCUUACUACCGUGGUGCUCACGGCAUCUGUGUCGUCUACGAUGUAACUGAUAUGGAUUCUUUCAACAACGUCAAGCAGUGGCUCCAGGAGAUCGACCGUUAUGCGACCGAAGGUGUCAACAAGCUGCUUGUGGGUAACAAGAGCGAUAUGGAGGACAAGAAGGUUGUGGAGUAUACCGUUGCGAAGGAAUUUGCGGAUAGCCUUGGAAUCCCCUUCCUGGAAACCUCUGCCAAGAACGCCUCCAAUGUCGAGCAAGCCUUCCUAACCAUGGCCCGCCAGAUUAAGGAGCGAAUGGGCACUGCGACCGUCAACAACAAGCCGACCGUGCAGGUUGGCCAGGGACAAGGCGUUCAAUCUGGUUCCGCAGGUGGCUGCUGUUAGACGAAUCAUGACACGAACCAUGUGUUGUUGAACACCAAGUUGGCGCUGGGGAAGUAUACCCAUCGAAGGGACUUCCGAUCUGCUUCCCGGUGUUUG